UAUAAAUACUCGAAAAGCGACCGUAACAAUCGCCAUGGCGAUAAAUUCGGCGACAAUGGCUUCCUCCCACAGCCUCUUCCGCGCAAGCUCCCUCGUCCCUCCCGGUGCCACACGGAGCCGCCGCUCCGAUUCCUGCGCCCCUCACCUCCAAUUCACCAAGCACCCCAGAUGCAGCGUGCUGAGGCUGUGCAGCGCACGCCCUAGCGCUCCGGCCCUCAACCAGUGGUGGGCGUCCGAGCUCACCCCGGAGGAUCUACCCACGGAGGAGACCGACGGGCCGACGACUGGGCACGGCUGGGAGGAGCUGGUGGCCAUAUGGAACGCGCUCAUCGCCGAGCCCCUCCGGCCCGUCCUGCUCGCCUUGCGCGAGAUCAGGGACCGCGGCCACUUCUUCCGCUGCCGCAGCUACCACGCCGGGAUCGUCGCUGGCCCAUUCUUGAUGAUUGCUGGCUUCUGCCAACUCCGUAAAUUAGUACCAACCCUGUUCGUGGAUAUAGUUCUUGGAUAUAUAUUCUACAAGUUAAGUGUCCUAGCAGCAGAACUGAGAAGAAAUGGGAAGGCGAACCAUUUGUGUGCUCGGAUACAGCUCCUUCUCUUACUUAUUUUGUCAUUCAAGGAUAACAAUGCUUUCUGGGAUGCUUACCGCCUCGUCACCGAGUUGAUCUGGUUCAUUGCUCUGGACGUGUACUUAGUAGCUGUCACCUUUGAAAUUAUCGACGAGGAGGAUCCCAGACCCGAAAUGCUAGGAAUUUACAAGAUACUAAAAACCAAAGGGGGCCUGACAGGGUGAUAAAGAAUUGGAAUUCGAAAGAUUGGUAGACCGCGAGAGCACACCGUUCAAUGCUCAUGUUGGUUGGGUGUAGUUUCUCGCCGACUGCUUUCAAAUAAUUAAAGAAAACCACACGCCACCUUGACUUGCCAGGAUCAAGAAAGGCACAGGGUUUACGCCACUGACAACCGAGCGAUGGCAGUAGCUUUCAUCAGAUCAGAGUUAGUUGACGACACGUUUUCAUGGGCGUCCGUACCUUCGUGUUGUUGUUAGUGGCAACCACCAAUAUUUUCCUUCCAUGUUUCUUCAAAAAAUUGCUCGUACCACAUGCUACGCUGUCUCUCAGUUUUUCUUUGUUAUUAUUCAUAAUAACAUAUGGUAGUGUUAGUAAUAUUAAACAUGACUGACAACAAACUCUCCUUUUUUUGGAUUCUAAAAAAAAAUCUCCUUUUUUUGUUGGUGUCGGCUAGAUCUUGUCAUGUAUUUUUUUAUUCUACUGGUUAAAUUGACUAUUAUUCAUCAGCAUGUUGCGCCCAACAAAAUUAACCACAUAUGCCAUUCUGGUUCUUUCAAUAAUGGGGAGGACCCAAAAGUACCAUUGACACAAUACUGUAGAAAGGACCCUAAAAAUUAUAAAUUGCAACUAGGUCCUUCCUCAUUGCAACAAGGACCACAAAGAUGACACUAAUAUAAUAAUGCAAUCUCGUCCUGAUGCAAACGACUUCACCGGAGACACAUUGAUCGCCGCCUCCAAUCAACACCUUGCCAACAACGGGUAGGUUGGAGAAGGUACAUCAAAAACUUCUGUUGAGCUGAUCUUCAUUUUCGGUGGCUGACAUUGAUGCAUGGCCGAAAGGAGGAUGAAGAGCCACCAGGCCCGCUUACUAACCCCAUAAAUGAAUGGAUCUGAGAGGGUUGAGCAUAGAUCCAUUGCUCUCUUUCCUUUUUCCCACGGCAUUGAAGAGAGAGGGGAGAUGACGCCGAAUUUGCUUGGUCUGGUGGUCUGCCCGGCUUAUUGGAGGUGUUUUCACUAGAUCGACCUUCCUCGCCAUCGUCCUCCAUGGGUGACUAGAAGAAGAACCAAGCCACGUGUUGAUGCCACUAGCAUCAGAGGCCAUACCUACAUGACCUGAAGCCAUACGUCACAUGGACAAUCCUAAC